AUGUUCGACAUCUACGCUUUAGCUGCAUCUAUCAUCGGUGGCGUUGUGCUCACACUUCUUGCCGAUGUCGCCUCGAUAAAAUCUCGAGGUGUACCGAAGACGCUCCGUGAUAUAUUGUCCACCAUCACUAGCCCCAUUCGAGCUGCAUUGGGCGGACGAGAUGACCAAGAUGGUAAUCCUCUGACAAGAGCGCAAGUCACUGCUGCAUUUCCGCAAGGAACGUGGCAGCGUAAUGCCUACGAAGACUACAAGGCAGUUCUCCUCGACGAGGAACUAGUCUUCCCCUGCAUUUACGCCACAAAGGGCUUUAAAUCAGACGACCAGCUCUAUCUGUUCAUCGACUCGGAUGACCUAUCAGACCCACGGCAUAUCCGUUCUCUCGCCAAGGCUCUUACCAUAUACCUCCCUCAGGCUCACCAGCUUGGUCCCAACACUUCCCUCGUUCUUCUUGCCAAGCAAAAUGACAACAUUUCGCGAUCAAUAGAGGACUAUAAUUCCCUGUUCUGGGAACUCCUCAAUGGUCUUGCUAAGCUUGAUGAAAAACCAUGGCCUUCAACUGUGCCCCGUGACAUUGACACGGACAGAUGGUGCUUCUGCUUUGGCGGGGAACAAUUCUUCACUGUCAUCCAAACUCCGGCUCACCAGGUCAGACGCACACGUUAUGCGCCGGGCCUGACCAUGGUCUUCCAGCCAAAGUGGAUUUUUGACAUCCUCUUCAGCACUGACGCAAAGCGCGCUGGUGCUCUUGCAAAAGUUCGUGCCCUCGUCGCCAAGUACGAUCCCAUCCCUGUUAGCCCUGAGUUGAAAAACUACGGCGACGAAGGAUCGCGGGAGUCCAAGCAGUACUUCUUGCUGGAUGAAAAUGUUCCGGCAUCGUGUCCAUAUGACAAACUUAGUGAUCCCGAGAUCGUCGCUGCAUAA